ACUGAACUAAUUAGGUGGUUCUCUUAUGUGACAUGCGAGUGUUACCCUAUUUGAAGAAGACCGUUUGUUGCAGUUUCUUUCUGAUUAAGAAUAGAAUGUCGACCAUAAACAAGGACGAGACCGUCAAUGAAUCGAACUGUUCAGAAAGCAAACAACAUGAAGAGGAAGAGUUACAGAAGCUUCUAAUCCCUGAUGUACAGAAUCUUCCCCUCACUCCUCCUUCCGCGGUUGAAUCCAACUUUGCCAUUUACUUCGCUCUAGAUUUUAUGAAGCCGGCUCAUGAUCAGUACGUUUACCGCCAUGCCAAUGGCUUGUGCGUGAUUGGCUUGGCUCCUUCUCACGUUGCUUUCAAGGAUGAAGGUGGAAUCACAGCAGUUGAUUUCAAUGUUGGAAAGUCUGAUCGCAGCGGGGUGAAGGUCACUGGAAAGCGCAAGAAGAAUGCCCAGCACUUUGAGUCCAACACGGCUUUGUGUAAAGUUUCUACCAAAAAUGAUACUUAUAUUGUGAGAUGUUGUGUCAAGGGCUCCCUUUUGGAAGUGAAUCAACAAUUAAUCAAGCAGCCAGAUCUGCUUAAUGUUUCGGCUGACAGAGAAGGGUACAUUGCUAUUAUCAUGCCAAAACCUGCUGAUUGGCUCAAGGUCAAAGCUUCCUUUGUUAGUCAUCAGGAGUACAAGAAAUUGAGGGAAGUCAGUUGAAUCAGUAGCGUCCGGUGCCCUAUGAUGGCAUCAUAGAGAUUCUGUAAGAAGAAUGGUACCAUGUUGAAAGUGCUUACACGAUUUCCGCGGAUGAUGCUUCAUUUUGUGAGGUCCCAAACGCAUCAAGAUGGAUGAAAUUGAUAAUUUUUAGGUGCAGCAGAUGGUGAGAAACUUCAUACUCCGUGAGAUUGCUGCUUGCCAAGUGACGGGUCAUGUUAGAUUAAGAUAAAUCUAGCUCCAUAAGCAACCAUGAAUCUCAUGAUGAGCUAGUGGGCGACCAUUCUUUAGGAUUCUCUCUUUUUUUGUGCUAUUUUAUUUAUUACUGUUGUUAUCAUUAUUCAAAACUUGAAUCAUUUGAACGAUUUAAGUUAAUAAGAAAUGAUGAUGAUGAGUUUUGGCCACUUUCAUCACCUUUUAAGAUAAUUACUGACUAGAUUCUUGGAAAC